GAGGAGGACAUUAGGAACACCAAAAUUGCAUCGUCGAAAUUUGGUCGAUCGUUUCUGGAAGCAACAAAUGUGGCAACAUCUCAUGGAAUUACAAAUUUGCCCAAUCAGAUGUCGGUUCAAUUUCUUCUUAUCAGUUGGCAUCUACUUAAUCUCCUGGUGGGAGCUGGCUACACCACGAUAUACACUUCGCGUUUAACGAAACCUGGCUAUACAAAACCUGUUGAUACGUUUGAGGACUUUGCUGAGCAAGGGAUUUCCUGGAUAACGAGACACGAGUACGAUUCAAUAAGGGACACAUUGAAAGAGUCGACCAAACCAGCGUUCCAAAUAAUUUACGACACUCUGAAAACCGAAGACAGCGAAGAGCAACUGGUGAAAAGUCUCCGAUCCGGUCAUUAUGGUGUCUUCAUGGCAAUCUGUUCGCACAAAUAUCCCGUCGAUAUUGAGCGUAUCACUCAUCCCAGUGCAGCGGGCAUUUGGAAUUUAUUUCGAUUUAUGAAGGCUUGCUUCUACAGCCACUUCUCGGUGUUUGCUUUACGGAAACACUCUCCGUAUACGGUUCUGCUGGACAGUCACAUGAAAAGAUACCAGGAGUGUGGUCUUAUCAAGCAUUGGUUUGAGGAAUUGUACAGAAAAAAUGAAUUGAUGGACACGUUGUUUGAGACACAUCCAAGGGGUAACGAUGGGCCGAAAUUGUUAACAUUGUGGGAUAUGAGGGGAGCGUUUUUCGUCUUAUUAACUGGACUUUCCAUUGCCGGUGUAGCUCAUUUGUGUGAGUUUAGUUUUAUGGAGCUGAAAAAAGUUUUAUCCAACAAAUAGAGUCAGUCUGGAGCACUCCCCACUGUACUGUUACCUUUAAAUGAAUAAAAAUGCCGUUAUGGAUGAUGAGAAAUCGAAUUUGUAGAACUUGG